ACUACUACCACUACUACAAUGAUGACAAACAGAUUCGCUUGCUUUGCUGUGGCCCUUCUGGUCGUGUGUCUGUUGGCCAUAUCGAGCACCGAGGCAGCCCCCAUGCCCAGGUACCAGAGCAAUGGCGGCGGAGGCUACGGCGGUGGCGGUGCUGGCUACAACGAACUGGAGGAGGUGCCCGAUGACCUGCUGAUGGAACUGAUGACUCGCUUUGGACGCACCAUCAUACGCGCCCGCAAUGACCUGGAGAAUUCGAAGCGAACUGUGGACUUUGGCUUGGCUCGGGGCUAUUCGGGCACCCAGGAGGCGAAACAUCGCAUGGGUCUGGCUGCGGCCAACUUUGCCGGCGGCCCUGGACGAAGGCGGCGCUCUGAGACUGAUGUCUAAGUCUACACACACACACACAUAUAUCUGAUUAUCCGAAUCCUGUGAACAUUAGCGGACGAGUUUCCACAACAUUUUUCAGCUCACAAAUUUCCAUCAUUCUUCAGGUCUUCGAUUUUUGAAUUUUAUUUGUUUGUUUGUUUUGUUAUGCAUUGUACAUACAUAUAAAAAUAUAUAUACUUAUUGUGGAUUAUGCAGUAUUACUGAAUAAUAUUAAUUAAUAUUUACACAAUAUCGGAAGCUAUAUAUAUACCAACUAUAUUACACCUGAAACACCCAAAUAAAAACGUUAAACUGUUGCUCCAAAAAAAAAAGAAAAUAACCAAAAUUAAAAUUUAUAACAUUUUUCUGCUCACGUUGCCCUCUCUAAAAGUCUCUUCCUCCCUCUCUACUCUCAGACCCAGUCUCAGUCUCUAUCUCAAGUUAUUGGCUAAAAAUUACGAAGCAAAAUACGUUAAAA